AUGGCGAAUAAGCCACAUUUAACAUUUGCUCGGAUUGUAUCCGGAACUGUCGAUACAAACGGUACUGGCACUGGAAAUGUUACGAUAACGCAAGUUCCUGUCACUGCCGCUGUUGCUUUAACUACUAUUACUGCUAAUACUUCUACUACUGCUACUACUACUGUUGCUACCACUACUACUAUCGCUUCUACUACUAUUACUACUAUUACUGCUACUACUACUACUGCUAUUAUUUCUACUACCACUGCAACGGCAAGUAGUGAGACCACAAGUGUAAGCAUCACUGCAGUAGAAUCAGGAAGUCACACGAGUUGUAUCACACCCGGAGAAUCGUGUCCUAACUUCGGCAGAAACAAAGAUGGUUUACAUCAACGAUUUAUUGAGGAACGAAAACAAGAUUUAGAUGGUAACGCUCAUAUUCAACGUCCAGUACAGUUUGGUUCACACCAACAAAAUCAGUAUUAUCAACAAAUUCAACGGCGUAGCAAACCACGUUCCAAAAAUGAUCGAUCGCGAAAGGAUGAUAACGUAUUAUUGGCAUGUAAGGAAGAAAGUGAAGCACAUACGGAGCAACAACCUGAGGUAGUUUUAGGUCCCGCUCCACUUCCAACUGUGAAUGCUUGGUUCAAACAGUCCGCAACAGAGUUUUCUGAUUGCAUGUUGUACAUUCGUAAAAAUUAUGGCUACAAGGAAAGAUUCAAAAAUUUACGCGUUUUAGAAACAAAAGAAUUAAAGGAAGAAAGUAGCGUCUUGAAUUCUCAGACAUCCUCAACAAAAGAAGAAGCCAACUCACAGGAAAUAUCAUUACCUUUGAAAACAAUGGAGUCUGAUACUGAUAGUGUUAUUAAGUUAACUGCGCAAGAAACGCUAACAUGCACAAGUGGAAAUGAUUCAAAGAAGAUGGUAAAGCCUUCUUAUUCAGGUCAAAUAAAACAGGGAGAGCAGCACGAAGCCGAAGGAACUAAUGUGGAUGAUAAAGCGUGGCCGUCAUUGAAUGAAGCGGUCAGUGAAGAAUCAAAACCGGACAGCGCGAUAAAUAAUGCGAAUACGAAGGGAGGUGCUGUUGUUAGUCAUGAAGUGGUGAAAGUCGCUGACAAUUUAGAGGCAGCAUCUUAUGCGGAUGUGAAACAAGACAGGGAUAAAGAAAAUGAAAGUAAUGGGAAAAGUAACAGAAGUGGCAAAGCAUGGAAGAAAUUGGACCUUGAUGUGGAUUAUGCAGGACGCGAAGGACAAGGAAGGCGCGGUAACACUAGUUCGGGUAGCAAGAAUGAUCAUCCACAAAAAAACAGCAGGAGAGGUGCGAACUUCACGAAACAGCAGACAGUAAAAGAAUACAUCAGUCCAUCUUAUGGGAUCGUCACCGAUCCUGCUUCAACAGCCGAAAAUGCCCCAAAGAUGGCACCAGCACUAGCGCCUGCAUCUUUGCUGGGUUGUGCACAACCGUUAUCAUGCAUUGCACCGGCACUUAUAUACAGUCCUGAAUGUGCUACCGUCAGUGAGGAAUACGCUGAGGAAGACUAUUGGUAA